AAAAAAAUUGGUGGGAUGAUAGGAAUUACACAGGGCAGAGGGAUAAAUUUGGGUAAUAAUUAAUCAAUAGCAGAAGGGUGACAUUUAAAACGACAUUAAAAUCUUGCAAUUCAGCUCCACAGAGGAAGAAGCGGAUGUAGUUUGUUUAUAACUAUAGACUUUAACACGCCGAGAUCUUCGUAACGGCACCGUUGCCGUUCUACUGCCACCCUUUUACCCAUUCACCCCAGAAGUGAGGACCACAAACACAGUAAGACGGUAAAUAGAUAAAACGGUAAAAUCGAGCCAAACCCCACCCCGAAAUUUUAUUGAUAUUUUUCGUUUUUCUGUUGCUAUAAAACGAAAUCUGAACCGUCCAACAAAUCACUUCCUAAACAUCCCUCUUGGAUCUCCCACUUUUCUCUCUCCUUCCUUCCUCUCCUUCAAAAUCAAAACCAAAAAUAGCAAAAAAAAAAAGAGAGAAGCACACACUCUGUGCGUGUGUGCGUGCACUGCUCUAGCCUUCUUUACACAGAGAGAAGAGAGAGAGAGAGAGAUGGGGGACUGUAACUGUAAGCGAAUGGCGGCCAUGGACGACUCAGCCACAGGCGUGUCGAAGAGGAGAAAAUUCAGAGCUUCUUCAUCUCCGCACAAGCAACGCUUCUCACACUCAGAGGCGCCAUUGCCGCCAAGUCCACCAAUGCUUCAUCUCCGUCACUCUCAUUCUCCUCAGCUCCUGAAUUCCUCCGAUUCUUGCUCGAACUUUUGCUCUGAUCACUCUCCUCCUUCCUCUUGCUGCUCCAGCAAUGAGCUCAACGACGUCGUCGUCGCCCACAGCUCGCCGCUCCUAGAUCUGGAGGCCAAGAGUUUCGAAACCGUCCACUCCAACUCUCCUUCGGCCAACAAUAAAUUCAGCAGAGAAACGACGCCGUCCAGCGAGCUGUGCCUAGGCUCCGAGGAAAUGGAAUCGCCUGCGCCGGCGGUGUAUCUCCGACGGAGACAACUCCCGGUGAGCAAAGCUCCUCCGAGUGAUGAGAUCGAAGAGUUCUUCGCCAUGGCCGAGAAGUACGAGCAAAAGCGCUUUGCAGAGAAGUACAACUAUGACAUCGUCAAGGAUAUGCCUUUGGAGGGCCGUUACCAGUGGGUUCGUUUGAAGCCAUAAGCAAGCAGCAUUCAGUUAGCUACGCGAGAGAGAGAGAGAGAGAGAGAGAGAGAGAGAGAGAGAGAGAGAGAGAGAGAGAGAGAGAGAGAGAGAGCAGAAGAGAGAGAGGGAAAGAAUAAACUGACACUAGGUAGGACAGAAAGUUGCAUGCAACUUCUAAUUUUAUGCGUUUGUUUUGGAGCUAUAGAGGUCUGGGUUCUAGCAUAAUGCACGGAGGAGGGUUUGAAUUUAAUUUGGGUUUUUAUUUGUACAGCUGCUUCUCUUUUCUUUUGAUGUCUCCAUGGUGUUGUCAUUGUGCACACCAAAUGGAAGCUUCUAAUUCUUCUGCAACUCCCCAGCUUUUUAAUUCAAAUAUAUUUUGCAACAAUUUC